AUGUCCAAUACUAAACCCCCCUUUCUCUCUUUAAGAGAAAUCGAUCACUUCAUCUUCUUCAAUACAACGCCGUCAGUUCUCUCUUCAUCCCCGCCUAUGUCCCCCACAGUUAUGUGGAGAAACGGUGCCAAACAAGCCAUCUGCAAAACCCACAGAAGGGCAUUGAGUUCGUCGGCUUCAUUAUCUUCUUUCUCAAAUGCCUGCAGCUUCCAAGUCCUCUCCCUGGGCCAGAAUUUUUCUGAAAAACCCAAACUUUAUCCGAUAAAUGUCUUGAAUCCCCACCUGGGUUUGUGUACCAGAGGUGAAAUUACGCGCAAGGAUAACGAUAGUGGCCCGAGAUGCGUCCCUUCGUUGCCGAGAGGGUUUUCCUGUGGUGGGUUUUGCCCGAGAAGCUAUGCGAGCGUAGCAGAGGCAGUUUCGUCGCAGACGGAUUUAGAAGAGGAUGUUUCUUUCACGGAAGAAGUGCAAGAGUUGGUUCAGGAAUUGAGGAAGGAACAGCGGAAGGAAACUGCGAGGAAGAGAUGGGAACGGAUAGCGCCUGGAAUGGGAUGGAGGAAGUAUGAGAUGUUGAAGAGAAGGCAGGUUAAGAUUGAGACUAAAGCGUGGGAAAGGGCAGCUAAUGAGUACAGGGAGCUUCUCAAGGAGAUGUGUGAGCAAAAGUUGGCUCCUAAUUUGCCUUACAUGAAAAGUUUGUUCCUUGGUUGGUUCGAGCCCUUAAGGGAUGCAAUUCACAAAGAGCAGGAGUUAAUUAGACAAGGGAAAUGCAGGGCAGCCUAUGCCCCAUACUUUAAUCACUUGCCUGCUGACAUGACUUGUGUUAUCACAAUGCAUAAGCUUGUAGGCCUUAUGAUGACAGUUGGGGAGCAUGGAUCAGCUAGGGUUGUUCCUGCUGCUAUUACGAUUGGAGAUGCCAUUGAACAGGAGAUCAGGAUACACAACUUCUUGGAGAAAACAAAGAAGAAGAAGGAUGCCAAAGUUGAGAAAAGUGAAGGGGAUGAAUCUGGCGUGGUGGAGAAGGAGCAAGAGAAGUUGAGAAGAAAAGUUACUGAAUUGAUUAGGAAACAAAAAUUGCCAGCUGUUAGACGAAUUGUGAAGGGUUAUGAUGAAUCUAGACCUUGGAGCCAGGAAGCUAAGGCUAAAGUUGGGAGCCGCCUAAUUGAAUUACUCAUACAUUCUGCAUAUAUUCAACCUCCUGCGGAUCAAUUAUGCGAAGGUCCUCCUGAUAUUCGGCCUGCAUUUAUACAUACUGUCCUAUGUAUCACCAAGGCGGACAAGAAGACAAGUAGAAGAUAUGGUGUCAUUAAAUGUGAUCCAGUGGUUCUUAAAGGGCUUGAGAGAAGUGCAAGGCACAUGGUGAUACCUUACAUGCCAAUGUUGGUGCCACCUGUCAAAUGGAUGGGGUAUGACAAGGGAGCUUAUUUUUUCUUACCUUCCUACAUCAUGCGCACUCAUGGUUCCAAACAGCAACGUGAAGCAAUGAAAAUUGCAUCAAAGGCACAACUAGAACAAGUCUUUGAGGCCUUGGAUACACUUGGGGGCACUAAAUGGAGAGUAAAUAAAAGGGUUCUUGAUGUUGUUGAUAGAAUAUGGAACAGUGGAGGUCGUCUUGCUCAUUUGGUUGAUCGAGAUGAUGUUCCUUUACCAGAGAAGCCUGAUACAGAAGAUGAAACUUUAUUAAAGAAAUGGAAAUGGAAAUUGAGAAAUGCAAAAAAAGAGAACCGGGAAAGGCAUUCCCUCCGUUGUGACACAGAACUUAAACUUUCUGUAGCACGCAAAAUGAAGGAUGAAGAAGGUUUCUAUUAUCCACAUAAUGUUGAUUUUCGAGGACGGGCGUACCCCAUGCAUCCUUACUUGAACCACCUCGGUUCAGAUAUGUGUCGAGGCAUUUUGGAAUUUGCAGAAGGCCGUCCUCUUGGGAAUGUGGGUUUGAGAUGGCUGAAGAUACACCUGGCAAACCUGUAUGCUGGUGGUGUGGAUAAGUUGUCAUAUGAAGGUCGAGUAAGCUUUACAGAGAAUCAUUUGGAUGAAAUAUUUGAUUCAGCGGACAAGCCACUAGAAGGAAACCGCUGGUGGUUGCGUGCAGAAGAUCCAUUCCAGUGCUUGGCAGCUUGUAUUAAUCUGAGUGAAGCUUUGAGAAGUUCCUCUUCGGAGACCUAUGUUUCAUAUCUUCCCAUCCAUCAGGAUGGCUCGUGCAAUGGUUUACAACAUUAUGCGGCACUUGGAAGGGAUAAGCUAGGAGCAGCUGCUGUUAAUCUAAUGGCAGGAGAAAAGCCAGCUGAUGUGUACUCUGGUAUAGCUGCAAGAGUUCUUGAUAUCAUGCGGGAGGAUGCACAGAAAGAUCCCACGAGCUUUCCUGAUGCGCUACAAGCAAGGGCAUUACUUGACCAGGUGGAUCGGAAGUUAGUGAAGCAGACAGUGAUGACAUCUGUAUAUGGUGUUACCUACAUUGGUGCCAGAGAUCAAAUCAUGAGAAGGUUGAAAGAACGAGGCACUCAGCUAGAUGAUUCACAGACUUUUGGUGCCUCAUGCUAUGCAGCUAAAGUGACGUUAACCGCAUUAGAGGAGAUGUUUGAAGCUGCAAGAAGUAUAAUGAGCUGGCUGGGUGAAUGCGCAAAGAUUAUUGCAUCAGAAAACCAACCAGUGCGGUGGACAACUCCCCUGGGACUUCCUGUUGUGCAGCCUUACAGGAAAUUAGGGCGGCAUCUAAUCAAAACAUCCCUCCAGGUCUUAACGCUACAACGAGAAACUGAGAAGGUCAUGGUGAAGAGGCAAAGAACAGCUUUCCCACCAAAUUUUGUGCACUCCCUGGAUGGUUCGCAUAUGAUGAUGACUGCCAUCGCCUGCAAAAGGGCAGGCAUGAACUUUGCAGGGGUCCACGAUUCAUUCUGGACGCACGCAUGUGAUGUGGAUCAACUGAACACGAUACUGAGAGAGAAAUUCAUUGAGCUCUACGAUGCCCCAAUUCUAGAGAACUUGCUGGAGAGCUUUGAGGAGUCGUUUCCUACGCUAACUUUUCCUCCUUUGCCUGAAAGAGGAGAUUUCGAUCUAAGAGAGGUUCUGCAUUCGACCUAUUUUUUCAACUAG